AUGCGGCUGAUAAAAGUCCACCCCAACGGAGCCUUGGAGCUAACCGACGUUGACCGUCACAAUGUUCCACAGUACGCCAUCUUGUCACACACCUGGGAGUCCAGUAGCCAGGAGCUCUCCAUACAGGACAUCAGGAACGGGACCGGUACAGAAAAGCACGGGUACCGGAAGCUCACAUUCUGCGCCCAGCGUGCAUUGCAGGAUGGGCUCCAGUACUUUUGGAUCGAUUCCGUUUGCAUCGACCGUUCCAACAGCACAGAACUAGCUGAGGCGAUAAAUAGCAUGUUUCGGUGGUAUCGCGGUGCCAACGUGUGCUAUGUCUAUCUGACCGAUGUGCAUGGAGACAAGCUCGACGAACCCGCAUUCCGCCAGAGUCGACAUCAUACGCGCGGCUGGACUUUACAAGAGAUCAUCGCGCCCAGCAACGUCGAAUUCUUCUCCUCCAGUGGUCACAAGCUUGGCGACAAAGUGUCACUCGAGUCACAACUCCAUGAAAUCACGGGAAUUGCGACAGAGGCGUUACGAUCGCCUGAUGCAGAGACAACUAUCGAAGAAGACCAAGUCUAUUGCUUGUUGGGCAUCUUCGGAGUGUACCUGCCACUAAUAUACGGCGAAGGCAAAUCACACGCCCUCCGCCGGCUAAGAAAUGAGAUCAAUGCUUUCUCGCGAGACCCUCAAGCGCUUGGUACUCUCUCGGUAGUGGAACAAGCGAGGGCUUGCCUGUCGAGUAUCGAGUACAUUGACCAAAGCCGCGAACUUAGGUCGAUACUGAGCCGCUCAAAAGACUCUUGCCACUGGGUUUUAAAGAACACGGAGUAUGCAUCGUGGUUUGAGGCAAAACAGUCAUCCAAGCUAUGGAUCACAGCCAAAGCUGGCCACGGAAAGACCACUUUAGCGGCGCAUAUCUACGAGAACCUGAGUCAGCAACAUCGAAGUCUCGCUAGCAAUGGCCUGACCAUUGCGAACCGCACGAUAGUGCUGUUCUUCCUGUUCCAAAGGAGCAACAACGAGACCACCUCGCUGGCGGCAGCGGCGCUCACCAAUCUGGUUUGGCAGCUCGCCAAGCAAGCUCCUGUAGCAUUAGAGGUGCUAUCAACCCGCCAUGCUUUGCUGUCACGCAGGGGAAAGUUCGACUGGUCAGUCGGACAGCUCUCUGAUGUCUUGAGUGAUAUGUUGAAAGCUCUUGGCUCUGGUUCAGUAAUUUAUAUCGUCAUCGAUGCUUUUGAUGAGGCUACAAUCGAGAGUCGGGAGUCAGUGAUCGAAUGGGUACAUCACAAUACCGUCCCUUACCUCAAUGAUCCGUGGCAUUUUGAGCAUACUGGACCGAUUGUUAAGGUUUUGAUGACGAGCCGGCCAGAUGGUGAAAUGCUCGAUCAUGCCUCAAACUUCGCGCGUCUGGACAUCAAGCAUAGUGAUACGGCAGACGACAUGAAUUCUCUCAUUCAGACUCGUGUCGCCGACCUGGCUGGCCGACGCAGACUCUCCAUAGAAGUUGUCCAUCGCAUAACACAAUUCCUCGGCACGAGAGCUCACGGCAUGUUCAUCUGGGUCAUCUUGAUACUGAAAGAGCUAGAACAACGCAACGAGCGAUUGACCGACGAAGUCGUGGCCACCAAGCUCUCAAAAAUUCCAGCUCACCUUAACGACACCUAUACUCUCAUGCUCGACAGCGGGUCUCAGGCUCGUGGCAACGACAUGUGGAGGAUUCUUCGAUGGCUGAUGUUCGCCACCCGAGUCUUGAACCUCCGAGAAUUACACGACGGCAUGUGCUUGGAGACCGGAACUGAUGCCUGGCAUGACUUUCGUGGUGAUCUCGAAUACAUGUGCGGCUCGCUGGUGCAGAUCAGCGGUGGUAACGAGUUAGUCACCUUUGUUCAUCCGACCGCUCGUGAUUUCAUACACUCUCUCACCAUAGAAACGGAGCACCCUGUGUUCCACGACGUCUCGAUGGACUACUGUGCUGCGCAUGAUCACUUGGCACAGAUCUGCCUCCAACACUUCAUCCAGAACGGUUGCUUGAGGAAAUUGGUCGAACAAUUAUGGACGAGUAAGCCCUAUGCCGAGCGCAUGCAGAUCGUAUAUCAACACCUGGCACAUGAGUGCUCUUUCUGUCGCUACGCUGCAAGCGCGUGGUAUCAGCAUCUACAAGCUGCCGAGACGCCCUCAGCUCCGUUGGCUGACACCGUCUUGAGCCUCAUGGAGGACAGGUGGAGUCGUGAUGGCCUCAUGAUACUGAAGUUCUACAGUGAAGGCCGCAGCUGGGGCCCAGGAAGUCAGCAGACGACUUUGCACCUUGCUGCCUACUUUAACCAGCCCUGGCUCGCGCGCCAGUACAUUGAACGGAAUGCUGACGCCGUCAACGGCACCACCUAUCUGUAUAUUACUCCGAUUGUAUUCGCGGCUGAGAUGGGUGGCACCGAUGUCGUCCGUAUUCUCCUCGAGGCAGGCGCCGACCCUGAUGCCUUCGAGAAGGACGGGUGGAGCGCCCUGCAUUGGGCAGCAAGAAAUGGCUGUACUGCAAUAGUUGAGCUCCUGCUUGAUCAUGGUGCGCAAUGUAACCCACAAGACGCCAAAGGCUACACGCCUUUGGAGUGGGCGAUCGACAGAGAGCACUGGGACGCAGCCGCUCGGCUGAUAGUAGCCGAGGGGCCAGUGAACCCUCAAGUGCACCAAACAUACAAUCUCGAGCUGUACAAAAUCGAAAGCAGACAGGAAUUGCGCCGCCUGGAGAGGGAUUUGAUAAGGAAACACUCGAAGUCUUGCAAGCAUCGACUUCGUGACAGCAGGCUCGACAUCGUCGACAAUCUGGGAGUGGCAAUCGACGAAGAUUUAGGCCGAUUGCAGCAACCGCCCCGCUCGACAACACCAGGUGAUCAUCGAGCUAAUAAAUACGCCGCGAUGUCUGAAUGCAGUCCUUCUCAUCCCGAAAUUGUCAAGCACCAUGAUAGAAAUCAGUGGGAAGCGCAGCGCCAAGCGUUCACAAGUUACUAUUUGACGGAGAAGAGAACAUUGAAUGAGGUCAUUUCGAUUAUGAGGGAUCACCAUAACUUUUCGGCGAGUCCUCGACAAUGGAAGAGCCGAUUACACUCCUGGGGACUCAACAAAUAUGUUCGUCGAAAUCGUCGUCAGGAAAGUUUUGAAAUAGAGGCCCGAGAUCCGGUAGAGGUCGUCCAGUCAGGGCUACGACCGGAACAACCUCCAGAGUCCCCAAUUGCUGAUCAGUGA